AUGGCCAGUAGGAAGUCCACAAAACUGCGUAUACCGCAUGCUCAAGAUGAUUGCGAGCUGGUUGGUAUUUUGGAACAACUGGCACCUGAAGAGUCCACGCAGGGCAGAAAGAUCGCCCUGAUUCUCCAUGGGACUAUGGGGCAUAAAGACUACUUGUUCCAAAAGCGUCUUGCACUACGUUUCCCGAUGGACUCAUUCAGAUUUGAUUUUCGCGGCAAUCACGAAAGUGGUGGCCAACGGACACAAGACCUCGUGACGGUCGUUUCUUACCUCCGCAAUACGUAUGGGUACGAGAUUGAUGUAGUGGUGGGCCAUUCUCGUGGUUCUGUCGUCGGGAUGUAUUGGCUAUGCACAUCCGAAGAAGGCAGGCAUGCUCGUGCCAUGGUCAAUGUGUCAGGCCGUUACCGAAUGCAUGCCUACAAAGAGCAGUGGGACGCCAAAGGUUACUACGAGCGGACCAUAACAGAGUUCUCUCGGUGGAACAGUGCAAUCGUUUGGGACAAAUUUCCUGGUCAAAUCCAUGUUCUGACAAUGCAUGGUCUCGUCGACAAGACAGUUCCUACAUAUGAUGCGAUUAUUUACUCUCGAGCACUUGGUGCCAGAACGCCUGGAACCCACAACCUGCAUUUAAUAGAGGAGGCCGAUCACAAUUUUACAAAUCGUCAAGACGAGGUUGUAGACUGCAUCCUGGAGUGGUGGGAUGCUCUUAACCAAGGACGCUUGAAAACAGGCAUAUUGAUGACAGGCGUACGUGGCAAGCUGUGA